GCGAUCGAGUUGAAAAGCCAACAGUUUUAGAUGUAGGUUAGUCAGUGCAUAUAAUGCUGUUUCCCGCGACUCAUCAGAUGCGGAUGCCAUAAGGAAAUGGCUUCAUUGGUGGACUACGAAGACUCGGACUCUGAAGAUGCAUCUUCUGAGGGAGAAGUCUCCUUCAGCAGUCAGGGUGAAGCUGGGAUUACACAGCUCCUGACGGACAAGAAAACAUUGUCAUUUCUACCUCAAACAUCCAGACCUGACACUGCAACUGGAGGAUACACCACAGCACAAUACACCGAUUUGACGGUUUCAGGUCCUCUGGAGCAGCUGGUUCAUCCUGACCAAGCUCCUCUAAAGUUCUCAGGAAACAGAGCGGUCCAGACACAACCCUCCCACCCAGCAUGGCACAGCUCGGCGGGCUUAAGCGCUGUCAAACGACCCCGAGCCGCUCCGGCAGGGGUCAGGCCUUACGUUCCGAAGAGACAGAGGACGUCGAUAUCCAUCCGGCCGACGGCCCGCCCGACCGAGGCUUCUGCCGAGGUCGAGACGUCUCCCACGCGCGCGAAAUCGCUCACUGAGGUGUCAGAGAGAGUGCAGCCGUUCUUAGGACGAAAGAGAGGGAGGACGGAGUUGUCCAGACAUCUUCUGCUUCACCUCCGGGGCCACCUGGGUCCGGUCAACACGGUCCAGUGGUGUCCGGCCCUCCACCUCAGCCAUCUGCUUCUCUCCGCCUCCAUGGACAAGACUGUCAAGGUUUGGGACGGCGUCGGGAGCGGCCGAUGCCUCCAGACGUAUUCGGUUCAUGGCGGUGCGGUUCGGGACGCGUGUUGGUUGCCUUGUGGCCGUCGCCUUCUCUCCGGUUCCUUCGAUGGCACAGCUGUCGUGUCAGAUGUGGAGACAGGUCAGGAGGUCAGCAGAGUGCAACCUCAUUUUAAGGUGACCUGCCUUGCCCUUCAGCCCAGUGACCCUAAUGUCUUCUUGUGUGGGGGUUUCAGCUCAGAGGUUAUGGCAUGGGACACGCGCUCCUGUAAGAUGGUCCGAGUGUACAAAGCUGGGAUCCAACAGACCCUGGACAUUUUGUUCUUGAGUAAAGGCACAGAGUUUGUAACCAGCACGGAUUCCGUCAGUCGCGACUCCGCUGAUCGCACACUAAUCGCCUGGGACUUCGAAACCACUGCCAAAGUCUCCAACCAGAUUUUCCAUGAACGAUACACCUGUCCAAGCUUGGCGCUUCACCCUGAAGAAGACCUAUUUGUAGCUCAGACCAAUGGGAAUUACAUAGCAUUGUUCUCCACACAAAGGCCCUACAGAAUGAACAAUAGGAAACGCUACGAAGGACACAAGGUGGAGGGUUAUGCCGCGCAGUGCGAGUACUCCGCCGACGGUACGGUGUUGGUCACGGGCAGUUCCACCGGCUCUGUUCACUAUUACGACAGUCAGAACACGCAGACUCUGCACACGCUACACGCUCACCAGGAGGCCUGCGUGGGUGUGUCUUUCCAUCCUGUGAUCCCCGCCGUCCUGGCCACGUGUGACUGGGGUGGAGAGAUCAAAAUCUGGAACUGAGAACCGAUGGGAG